AUGGAUGGAAUCAUACAGAGCAUGUUUACAUUCAUUGUAAUUGUGGAAAUAAUAAUAGGAUGGAUUGGAAAUGGAUUCAUAGCUCUGGUGAACUGCGUGCACUGGUUCAAGAGAAGAAAGAUCUCUGCACUGAAUCAAAUACUCACAGCCUUGGCUUUCUCCAGAAUCUACCUUCUUUUGACAGUAUUCACUGUUAUAGCAGUGUCUAUGCUGUACACACACGUGUUGGUAACUAGAAGAAUGGUAAAACUGAUUAAUUUCCAUUUGCUUUUCAGCAAUCAUUUUAGCAUGUGGCUUGCUGCAUGUCUUGGCCUUUUUUAUUUUCUUAAAAUAGCUCAUUUUUCUAACUCUAUUUUUGUUUACUUAAAGAUGAGAGUUAACCAGGUAGUUUCAGGGACUUUGCUCAUGUCUUUGGGCCUCUUGCUUCUAAACACUCUGCUGAUAAACUCAUACAUUGAUACCAAGAUGGAUGACUACAGAGAACAUCUACUGUAUGAUUUCACUUCAAAUAAUACUGCGUCAUUUUACAGGGUUAUUUUAGUCAUUAACAACUGUAUUUUCACAUCCAUACCCUUUACACUUUCCCAGUCAACUUUUCUCCUGCUCAUCUUCUCCCUGUGGAGACAUUACAAGAAGAUGCAACAGCAUGCACAAAGAUGCAGAGAUGUCCUUGCCGAUGCCCACAUCAAAGUCCUGCAAACCAUGAUCACCUAUGUCCUUCUCUGUGCCAUUUUCUUUCUGGCUCUUUCCAUGCAAAUUUGGAGGAGUGAGUUGUUGAAGAACAUUCUCUAUGUCAGGUUCUGUGAGAUUGUUGCAGCAGUUUUUCCUUCAGGACACUCCUGUGUCCUAAUCUGUAGAGACACAAACCUGAGAGGGACCUUUCUUUAUGUGCUAUGGUGGCUGAAGCAGAGAUUUACAUCAUGGGUCCCUAACAUAAAUUGCAGAUCAUCUUGCAUAUUCUAA